AUGGCACACUCUACUCCUGUCAAACCUAGCAGUCGCACUGGGAACAAUCAGCCCUCCUCUGAUGCGCUUCGUAAACAAGAAGUGCUCAAGAAUCUCCUCCAAGACGAAAUUGGUGAUCAAACGUGGCAGUUCGACGCCGAAAGGGUCUCCCGUAUGCUUUCUCCCAAAUGUCUCAAGCCGGGCGGGGACUAUCACUUUUUGGACAAUCACGACUGCGACGUCGACAAACGCUUCUUCAAGGCGGCCCUCACACGAGCCAAAUCGGACCUAGAAAAGACCCUCUUGGAACAAAGUCUCAAUUGGCCGCCCGACAAUGCGGGGGAGCGGCAGUACUAUCAGCCCCUGGCCCAGUUCAUGAACACCUGCUUGAAAGCUUGUCACGCCGCCCUGGACUCUGAUCCGUCAGCUCCCGCCAGGGAUGUACGGUGGUAUCACGACCUCGACUUUAUCAAGUACGACAGAACAACAGGAGAUGGGAUUCGUGCAGCUCAUCCGCUGAAGCCGGAUCUCGCAGGAGGACGAAAAUUGGUUGUGAUAUUCCAGCAGGACCCCUCAGCCACACUCUACUGGAGUCGCAUCGACAAGAGCCAUCACCAGAUCGACAUACCUGUGGAGGUCAAAUUGGACGAGAAAGACAUGGUUGCGCAAGCGGCGUCGUAUGCUCGUUGCCUGUUCAGCGCCAGCCCGUCACGUUUAUUCUCCCUCGUAUUGUGCUUCAAUCAGAAGAAUAAAAGCCUACGUUUUGUCAUCUUCCAUCGUGGGGGCCUGACGGCUUCCCUACCUCUUUACCUUGACACACAAGGAGGCAGGGAAGGAGCGUUGGAACUAUUCCUCUCCAUCACUUGUUGGACGUCUGCCACCGACGCUGGAUUCAACCCGUCGUGCAACGACCUCGAGUACAUGAUCCCGUUAAAUUCCACGGGCACAGAGGGGGUGCGAGCUACAAUCCUGGACAAUUUAUACGAGGCGAUAUGUGUUCGGGGCUCCUCCACCAAGGUCUCGCGUGUAGUUGUCAAGGAUAUUCCGACACAGCCCCCUAACGUCGCGCCUGAGACGACGUCGCAAGGUGCUCCUUCGUUGAAAGCCUUUACCACCGCUCCUCUCAGACGAUCGCCAAGGCUUCGUACUCCUGCCGCACACCAACCGAAUGCAGAGUCUUCGUCUUCGAGCCAAAUCAAGAAACCCUCUUCAAAGCAGACCAAGAAACCGCCUUCCAAGACAACCGCUCAAGCAAAGCCUACCACCGCAGAAGGAACACCAAGCGAAGGCACGACGAAGAAUGAAAAGACGACACAGAGUGAGUCAUGCCCCAUCACGCCUUACAAACGAGAAAACGACAUUGGAUACUUCGAGCCUAGAGGAUUUACCCCGUCACACGAGACGCAAGACCUACGAAAAGAAUUUCAGAAACCACUGAUCGUCAAGAUCUCCUGGCAGCAGGACGAACUCAAAGAGGUUGAGCCGGGGAUGUACAAGGCAUCCAAUGGGAGGUUUGGUACUGUUUCCCAUCUCUGCUCAAAGGAUGAGAUUGAAUCGGCGUUUUGGAAACUUUUCCGAGAUACCCCGCCGAUUGCGGCGGAGACCCGCACUAUGUGUUACUCCUUCUUUUCACUCGAAGGCCGCUCGCUUGUUGAGGCCGAAAGCUCACGCGAGCUUUGUGAAGCACUCAUCCACGGCGUGUUAGGAUGGUUGUCAACCUAUCAAGCUGGAUACCUGCACCGGGACAUCAGCAUUGGGAACUUACUCCUCUGUCCCAACUCUGUUGAGAAAAGUGCUUUUAAAAUAGCAGCAGAUUUCCGCCAGACUGCCACAAAGCCAGCCCAAGAUUUGACGUCGCUCUUUGAAGGUCUUUCGAUCGACUCUAUGCCUCCUAAGUUGAGUGACCUGGAGGAGCAGAUGACGCGGGUGGAGCGACUUGUCGAAGAAUUGGGGGUAUCGACAAAGUGCAUCGCUUUUGUGACCGAUGGCGACAAGGCUAUUUGCUGGGCAUCCUAUUUCCAAGGCCAUAACCGUGGAAGCGAUGAGAGAUCGGGUACAUCAGAGUUCAUGUCUCCCAGGCUCCUCGAGUCCAUAGAGGACGGUACCAGGUAUCUCCAGUCCCCUGUUGAUGAUCUCUUCUCUGUGUAUUGGGUGGCGUUGUGGGCAAUCCUUAACAACAUCCCUACUUCUAGGAGGUCUGACUAUGAGGUGAGGUGGAGAAGGAAGAUCGCAGAGGGGCGUUGGGCUAGGGGUGAUGCUUCUGUGGCCAUCUGCAAACUCGUAGAUCCAGAAGAAACGUCGCACAGUCCUAUCGUGCAACAGUGGUCGCCGGUUCUGAAGGCGUGGUCUCAGUGCCUUGACAGAUUGGAGGAUGACUGGAGACUCCAGGAGGCCAGGCUCUCUCGUCGACUGAAACCUGAAAAUUCGCGUGGAGACUUCUACCUUCCUCUUUUCCACUACUUCGCCCUUCGCGGUGUUGCUGACUUUUUGGAGAUGAUCAAACCCCACUCUACCCGUCUUUAUAAUUGCCCGCCAUUUUUCUAG